AUGCUUUUUGCAUCACAAAAAGGUGCUGCUGAGGCCAUGGAGGUCGCUAAGCCGGCAAUGAGUCACACGUUUACCGAUCUUCUUCACUGGUUCUCCAAAAUCAUUGGAGAAUCUGAGCCAGUUCUGUAUUGCGCGUUCAUGAUGGUGGAAUUCCAGAUUGCAGAUAAACAGAGAUUCGACAAUUUGAGACAGUCAAUGGUCGAUGGAAAAGUAUUCCCAGUGAAGAGUCGUGUAAUAGAUCAAGUCGGAAGACUCUCGUACGAGACAGUAUACAUUUCGCCUGCCGAAGAAGUGUCCGAAGCUAGUGAGUUGAGAUAG